AUGGCCGGCACGGGCGCGUCCAGCCCAUUCAUCAAGGAAGAACCUGAAGAUCAGUACUAUCACUCUCACAACGAUCAAAGGUUCAUGGCAGGUGCGCCGCAGAGCUACGUCCCUCAGCAGCAGCACUUCGGACAAUUCGGAAACCCUCACGGAGGCAGCAUCAACCCGAACGACCUCACGAUGGCCGGAAAUGGUGUGGCUAUUCCAAACGGCGCUUAUGGGUCAUCACCCUUCGGUUAUGCCAACAACCACAGUGGCCGAGGCCAAUUUGGUGAUGAUGAACUACUCGAUAGUCUGGAGCCAAACAGCAUACAUUCUAAUCAUCAAGGGAUGCACGUUAACGGCAGCCAUGGGAUAAGUUACGACAUGCCAGCCAACACGAUGUACCCUAUGCACAAUGGAACGCCCGCUUUGUCGGCAGACCCGAACAACUUCAACAAUUACUCGAAUACUCCAGAAGGCGACCCUAUUCAAAGCCCAUUCGUGAGCAACUUCAAUCACGCCCAGUUCCGCAUGCAACCUCAAAACGCCUUUGGAAACUCGCUACAUUCAGGCUCGUAUGCCGGCUCACCCAUUAUCGGGUCGGAUAUGCACAAUGGCUUGGCGGAUGCAGGUGGCUUCUCUAAACAGCAACGGCCCAGGCUGAAUGCCACUUUAGGAAGGAAGGGCUCUAACAGAAGCCCUCUCACGCCAAAGACGACUUCCAACAUGGCCGCCCUUCAGUUAGGGUCGACGGAGAACGCGAAUUUCGGAGCUCAGCCUAUUCGGACGCAUUCAUCUCAUCGACACCAGAAGACACUCUCUGAUCAGUGGAACCAGACCGCCAACAGUCUUGGGUCAUUUCCUGGCUCCGAAUUCUCACCAAUGCAUACCAACCAUCCCACAACUCAGAUCUCCGAUGUCCUGAAAGGAGCUUCGAUGCCGGCAAAACUGAACAAUGGCCAUUCUGUGGGUAGCGCUCCUGCUCUCCAAUCGCAAGAACUGAAACGGAGGAGACGGCGAGAGUCUCACAAUCUCGUAGAACGCCGGAGACGAGACAACAUAAAUGAGCGCAUCCAGGAGCUGAGUCAUCUUGUCCCAAUGCAUCGUCUUGAGGACGAAAAAGUACGAAAGGCGCUCCAGAACAACUCUCCACUGUCUCCAACUCUUGCUGCCACUGGCAUGAGUCCUCCACAGGCCACCUCGGGUCUGGCUGGACCUGGUGCCCGCCGAGCGACCGCUGGGAAUAUCACUACGGGAAUACCCAUCGAAGAGAAGGACAAGGGUCCUAACAAAGGGGAUAUCCUCAAUGGUGCGGUGAGCUGGACUCGCGACCUCAUGUGGAUGCUGCACACAAAGAUCCAUCAAAUGGAAGAGCUCAACAACUACAUCAACGACCUGGGUGGGAAGUUCCCUUUCCAGCAGUCCGAGAAUGAGAAGCGGAUGCAGACGGAGCUGAUGGAUGCAAUGAUAAAGAACGACUCGUCCACCUUCGAAUACUCCCGAGCACCUGGUACUGGCCUACGUGUUCCAAAACAUACGGAUGUCAGAGGAGAUGCUCUUGGUCGUACGGAUACCUCCAUGAGCCCCGACAAUGGGGCAGAUGCAGGCCUGGGCGGCGCCGGUCAAUACUGGAGUGGUCAGAACAGUAGUGGGCCCGGCUCGAUCAGCUUUAAAGAGGAGGAUGAGUACGGAAUGGACCUCACGCAAUGA